CGACUAGCUUGGUCUCAUUUAAGAUGGCGGCCUGCAGCUGAGAAGUAACGCGGUUAUUACAUGUCAACAUGUCACUUCUCAGAGUUUGUGCCUUUGCCAAAUGUCUGAGCCGUCGCAGUUUACUGGAGAGAUGUGCUGUUCGCGUGUGUUUUGCGGACAGCGGGCAGCUGUGUGUGUCGAGAGGGACCGGCGCAGUCAGGCGAAUAUCAGAGACACCCUUGCAUCUUCAGAGAAGAAAUGUUUCGUUUGGACUCCCAAAGAAAGAGGACGGAAAGAAACGUGUACUGGAGCAGUCUCAGUUGUUGGAUGUGCUUGAGGCCAGGAUCCUCCAACUUCAAUCUGACGUCGCUGUGGAUGUCCAACAUGCCAAAGUGCAAUUUGUGAAUGCCCGCUCCAUUGGAAAGGUAAAGGUUGCCUCUGAUAGGGAUCCCAAAAGCACACCAUCAGACAUUCCUAAAUCAGGAAAGACUGUUGCUAAAGGAACCUCUGAACCAAAGCCAAGCCGUUGGAUGGAAAAAUUAACUAAGGAGAAGAAGAAUCUGAAGAAAUGGCAGCAAUUUCAGGUGAAAUUACAGAAGAAUGUUAAGGAGAAACCAACAGCCAAAUCUAAAGGUAGCUCACUGCUUCCUGGUACAUCACAUAAAACUAUAUCUACCACAGCUAAAAAGACUAUGACAAAAGAUUUGAAUAAGAGGCAUCAUGCAACAUCAAUUUUUGCAACGACUACCUCUGCUACCGCUGCGGCAGGGAAAGCAGCCAUGUUACAGAAGGUAUUUAAAGGACACCAAAACCACCCUCAGAAUCAGGUUAGCCGUCAAGAGCCAGCUGAGGUGGCAAAGCUUCAGAAGAGCCUCGGUAAGACAGAAAGCCUGCAGGAGGACAAGGGAGAAAUUGAAUGUGGGGAAAUACAGAAGAGCAUUCGCUCUUACCUGGAGGCAUGUGUGUUUGCUGGGCACAUUGAGAAGGCGCACCGUUUCCUACUCAGCCAGCACAGACUCAUGAAACGUCGUAGACUUCUGAACACAGACAUCUACAACAUCAUGAUUAGGAUGUGGGCCAAGAAGGGAGCAUUAAAUCAGAUUGGCCGUGUGUUCAUUAUGUUAGAAGAUGCUGGUCUGAAGCCAAAUCUGGGAUCUUACUGUUAUGUUCUGGAGUGUAUGGGCCGCAAUCCCGACUGCUCCCCAAAGACCGUCGUAAGGUGCCUGACCCAGAUGGCGGAGGAUGGCCUGUCUGUGGAUGACGUGUUCCACCAGUGUUCAUUCCGGGAAGAUGAGCGAGACAUGGUGCUGAAAGCCAUGCAUAUUGUCGAGCCCGACUACCAGCCGAGGCCCAGCACGACCACUGACAAGUGGUCUUUACCGCUGGUUGAGGACCUCUACAAGAAGAGGGAAGACCACCGUUACCCCAAAUUGGACUUCAGUCAGAUGGACCUUCAGGAGCGUUUCAAACAUCAGCUCAGCAUUGAAGAGGCUUGCACCAUCACCAUCGACUCUGUGGAGGCUAGCAAGCCCAUCACUAAAAACGUGGCCAGAAUGAGACAGCUGCUGGCAGAUCAGCGGGUACAGUGGCAGAAGACCCUCCUCCAGGCCCUGAGGGAGAGCAAGAUGAUCCUGGCUAACACCAACACCAAGGACUACAGGCUUAACCUUUAUCCCUAUCUCUGUCUGCUGGAAGAUAGAGACUAUGUUGACAUCAUGAUACAGAGUAUUGCCAACAUGUCUCCCAGCGGAGAGUCUCUGAAGGUUUUAGCCAGAGACCUGGGGAACAGGGUUUACACCAAGUACUGUGUGCGACAGAAGCAUCAAAACCAGAUUCUGGAGAAGUUGGGCAACAUUUACAACGCUUACACAGAACUGCUGGCCAAAGACACCAAGGAGUUUGGCCUCCUUCCCAGGGAGCACUGGUGUCUGCUUGAGAAGAAGCAGAAUUCAGGGCCCACGCUGCAGGGAGGGGAGACCAACUGGCUAUACUCAGUAACCCUGGAGCUAGGCACUUACAUGGUGGAUUUGAUGGUCAAGAGCCUCAAAAUUAAUGGUGACAUCCUGAACCCGGCUUACGACAAGAAGCUCAUCCCCAUCCUUUAUCACAUGUAUGCUUUCCGCAGCACACGGCAGAUUGGCUUCAUUAAGCCCCACCCCAUACUGAUUCAGAUGCAGCAGGAGGCCAUGGAGACCAAGCUUACCUUUGACUCCUAUGUGAUGCCGAUGCUGUGCCCUCCUGUGCCCUGGUCGUCCAUAAAGUUCGGCGCCUACCUGCUGACACCUACCAAGCUGAUGCGCACAGUAGACGGGGCCACACAGCAUGACACGUUGUUGGAGAAAUGCCAAACUAUCUAUCCAGUCCUAGACUCUCUCAACCAGCUGGGCAACUGUGCCUGGAAGAUCAACAAACGCUUGUUGGAUAUUAUUAUCUCUAUCUUUAAUGAUCGUGGUAGUGAGAAAUUAGACAUCCCUCCUCCUCUGUCAGAGGCACCCAAAAUGCCACACUUUAACCCCCAAGAUCCCACUUUAACUUCCUCUGAGAAAGCCCACUUAAAGAGGGAGGCAGUUAAUGCCAGAAGGAAAUAUAGCGAGAUGUACAGCCUGCGUAUGAGCUCUCUAUAUAAACUCUCCAUCGCCAACCACAUGCGGGAUGAGAUCUUCUGGUUCCCUCACAGCAUGGACUUCCGCGGACGUACCUACCCCUGUCCCCCAUACUUUAAUCACCUGGGAAGUGAUGUUGCACGGGCGAUCCUUGUGUUUGCAGAGGGGAAGCCCCUGGGUCCAAAGGGCCUGGACUGGCUUAAGAUCCACUUAGUCAAUUUGACAGGGCUGAAGAAAAGGGAAUCACUACAGGGUCGCCUGGAGUACGCCAACACUAUCAUGGAGGACAUCCUCGACUCAGCUGACAACCCUCUCGAUGGUAAUAAGUGGUGGAUGAAUGCAGAUGAGCCCUGGCAGGCUCUGGCUUGCUGCAUGGAGAUAGCAAAUGCUGCGAGAUCUCCGGAUCCAACACAAUUCAUCUCUCAUUUUCCUGUUCACCAGGAUGGCUCCUGUAAUGGUCUCCAGCACUACGCUGCUCUAGGCAGGGAUGUUAUUGGGGCCACAUCGGUCAACCUCAUGCCCUGUGAGGUGCCUCAGGAUGUGUAUAGCGGAGUAGCACAGCAGGUGGAGGAGUUUCGAGCACGGGACGCAGCGAACGGCUUGAAGAUUGCCCAGGUCCUGGAGGGCUUCAUAAGCAGGAAGGUGGUCAAACAGACCGUGAUGACCGUGGUGUACGGGGUCACACGCUACGGGGGACGCCUCCAGAUAGAGAAAAGACUGAAGGAGAUUGAUGAGUUCCCAAAGGAGCACGUUUGGGAUGCAUCUCAUUACCUGGUGCGUCUGGUCUUCAGUGGUUUAAAAGAGAUGUUCACAGGGACCAGAGAGAUCCAGGAUUGGCUGACAGAGAGCGCCAGGCUCAUCUCUAAGUCUGGCCACACUGUGGAGUGGUUGACACCACUGGGUUUACCCGUCGUUCAGCCAUACCACCGCACACGCCACCAAGUGGUGAAGAGUUUAAUGCAACAUAUCAACCUCAAGAUCAGCCAUGACAUCAAAGAGAGGCCAGACACAGUUAAACAGAAGAAUGCCUUCCCACCAAACUUCAUCCACUCUCUGGACUCUACACACAUGAUGCUGACGGCUCUCCACUGCUUCAGCGCCGGCCUGACAUUUGUCUCGGUUCACGACUGUUUCUGGACCCACGCUCUCACUGUGGACACCAUGAACAAGGUCUGUCGGGAACAGUUCGUCAACCUGCACAGCCAGCCAAUCCUUAAGGAGCUGUCCAAGUUCCUUCUGGAGAAAUACUGCGACGGGCCCCUGGCUGAGGGCACGGACAAGAAGCAUAAGGAGUACCUUAGGCUGAUGCAGCUGCUGGCCAAAGUUCCCCAGACAGGUAAUUUUGAUCUCCAGCGGGUGAAAGAAUCCACUUAUUUCUUCAGCUGAGAGGCUCGUUAGGUCGAGCCAGCGGAGGGAGAUGAGUGGAAUCGACACCGUGCAGCAGGGAGGCUGCGGCACCCUGGGUCUCGGCUGGCUUUGUCUCCCUCAGACAUCAGGACAUUGAUCGAGCUGCGCCCUGCCUGCCUCCUUCUCCUCCUUCUGACUGGAGCUUCUGGAGUUACUGGAGGCGUUCACACACAGCGAACCCGCCUGAUUAACUGACUAGUGGGCUGAUGGAAGGUUGGCGGGGGGGGGGAUACUCAUCCAGGCGAAAGAUGAGGGAAUCAGCGGCGGAUGGGAAUGUUAAGUCUUCAAUCAGUGAAAAGUAGCUCUCAUAAUGAAUAUAUUCAGGAACAUAUAUGUGUGAGUGUGCGUACAUGAGCCAUACUGACUAUCUGCCUCUUCAUCACCCAGCAUCACUUGAAAAGGUACCCGAUAAGACUGAACGAAAACUUUUUCACCUGCAGACUGUAAUCGGUACUGACUUGUGGCGUGUGAGCAUUUUCACGCUGUGCGGACCUCCACAGAGCGCUGACCGGCCCCUGCGCUUAUCUCACCUAAUCAUCGAUCCCAUGGAUGGCAGGAUACUCUCUGACACACUGCUCAGACAUUUAAAACAUCACUGAAGAAGUUUGAAGGAGGAAAAGAAAGAUGUGCUUUACUCAUUUGGGGAGUACAGGACUCUGAGAGAAAAGAGACAUGUGAAAGGAUUAGCCGAAGGGGCUCUUACGCAGCUUGAAUGUUACCUUCUUCGAGUGACUAAGCACUUGACAGUUGCCCUAAAAUAAAUGUUUUUUUUGUUUUUUUUUUAAA